AUAUAUAUUAUUCAUUUAUCCCAUCAAUACUCGUUCACGUUGCCCGUGUUCGUUCUCACGUGUACAACGCUCCCCAUUCCGCACUGAAAGAAAUCAUAGAAGUAUUGUGAUCUCGCAUCGGAUCUUCUCAAUCCACAUUCGCCGAUCGCUGCUCUGCUUUGCGCCAUUCAGUCUGUUCGAUUUCCAAAAUGCCGUCCAUUUACGGAAGUCCUCUGACGACCUUCGAGGAUGCCGACAAGGAGAGCGAGUAUGGAUACGUUCGCAAGGUGUCUGGCCCAGUGGUUGUUGCAGAGGGAAUGGCAGGAGCAGCUAUGUAUGAACUAGUGCGUGUUGGUCAUGACAAUCUUAUUGGGGAAAUUAUUCGGUUGGAAGGAGAUUCUGCAACCAUUCAAGUGUAUGAGGAAACGGCUGGACUGAUGGUGAAUGAUCCUGUUCUUCGAACCCACAAGCCUUUAUCAGUGGAACUGGGUCCUGGAAUUAUGGGAAACAUCUUUGAUGGAAUUCAGAGACCUCUAAAAACAAUUGCAAGGAAAUCUGGUGAUGUCUAUAUACCACGUGGCGUGUCUGUCCCAGCGCUUGACAAAGAUACACUAUGGGAAUUUCAGCCAAAGAAAAUAGGAGAGGGAGAUCUUAUUACUGGUGGCGAUUUGUACGCGACUGUUUUUGAGAAUAGCUUGGUGCAACAUCAUGUUGCACUCCCUCCUGAUGCAAUGGGGAAAGUAACCUACAUUGCUCCAGCUGGUCAAUAUUCAUUGAAGGACACCGUCCUUGAGCUUGAAUUUCAGGGGGUCAAAAAGAAAUUUACCAUGCUGCAGAAUUGGCCUGUGCGUACACCUCGGCCUGUAGCAUCAAAGCUUGCUGCAGAUACUCCUCUCUUGACUGGACAGCGUGUUCUUGAUGCUUUAUUCCCUUCUGUGCUUGGUGGUACUUGUGCCAUCCCCGGUGCAUUUGGCUGCGGGAAGACAGUCAUUAGCCAGGCCCUUUCAAAGUACUCCAACUCAGACACUGUAGUUUAUGUUGGUUGUGGAGAAAGAGGAAAUGAAAUGGCAGAGGUGCUUAUGGAUUUCCCUCAACUGACAAUGACGCUGCCUGAUGGUCGGGAGGAAUCUGUCAUGAAGCGUACUACUCUGGUAGCAAACACCUCUAAUAUGCCUGUGGCUGCUCGUGAGGCUUCAAUUUACACAGGAAUCACUAUUGCUGAAUAUUUUAGAGAUAUGGGAUACAAUGUUAGCAUGAUGGCAGAUUCUACAUCUAGAUGGGCAGAAGCAUUGCGUGAAAUUUCUGGUCGGCUGGCUGAGAUGCCUGCAGACAGUGGAUAUCCUGCUUAUUUGGCAGCACGUUUGGCAUCCUUCUACGAGCGUGCCGGAAAAGUUAAAUGUCUCGGUGGACCUGAAAGAAAUGGAAGUGUCACCAUUGUUGGUGCUGUUUCUCCACCAGGAGGAGAUUUCUCGGACCCUGUUACAUCUGCAACACUCAGCAUUGUUCAGGUGUUCUGGGGUCUCGACAAAAAGUUGGCUCAGCGAAAACAUUUCCCAUCUGUAAACUGGCUAAUUUCAUACUCCAAGUAUUCAGGGGCCCUGGAAUCCUUUUAUGAGAAGUUUGAUUCAGAUUUUAUUAACAUCAGGACAAAGGCUCGUGAAGUGCUUCAGAGAGAAGAUGAUCUGAAUGAAAUCGUGCAGUUAGUCGGAAAAGAUGCUUUAGCCGAAUCCGACAAAAUUACACUGGAGACAGCAAAGCUCCUGAGGGAGGACUAUCUUGCCCAGAAUGCAUUCACACCAUAUGACAAAUUUUGUCCAUUCUACAAGUCUGUUUGGAUGAUGCGCAACAUCAUUCAUUUCUACAACUUGGCUAAUCAGGCGGUGGAGCGAGGAGCCGGUAUGGAUGGCCAGAAGAUAACCUACACGCUCAUCAAACAUCGCCUCGGCGAUUUGUUUUACCGUUUGGUGUCACAGAAAUUUGAGGAUCCAGCAGAGGGAGAAGAAGCCUUAACUGCAAAAUUCAAGAAGCUUCACGACGAUCUGACAGCGGGCUUUCGCCAGCUCGAGGAUGAAAACCGGUGAUCCUACCAUGGAAUCGGUAACUCAAUCAAUUUCUUGAGGCUCUCUUCUGCUCAUUAUUGCUUCAAUUGGGUUAGCAUUUUUCACCAUAAGUAUCAUUCUUAUUAAGUUGGGUAGGGUUGGGUUGGGUUGGGAUAUAUAAUAAGAGGGGCUGCAUAAGUGUGUGUCCCAUUCAGUCACAACUAUGAUAAUCUGUGUUUCCAGCCGCUGCAUCAGUGCAGUUAUUUAUUCACUUUUGUUAAUUAGAAAGAACUAAGUAAUAACAUUAGCUUAUUUGGUCCUGUCUCCUCUACCCAUCCCACCCCACCCCACCCCCUGACCCCCAAAUUACAAUGGGACUCAAACUAGUCCCUGUGUCCCUACCCCUGAGAGUGUUUUCUUGAGCUUCUUGACAGUCUUGUCCACCAUUUCUGCUGCUGAUCUUGCUGAAUCUUCAACCAUAAUUCUACUCUCAUCCAAGCUCUUAACUACAGCCUCCUUCACCUUCUCUGCUGUCCCUUCUUCCUCUUGUUCUUCUUCCUCCCCACUCUUGCCUUG